AUGGGCGGACGUCCUCGCACAUGGGCGACCAGUGCCGCUCUCACCGUGGCAGUUGUCGCCUUCUGCGUCGCUCUCCACGUGCACUGGAGCAUGACCGUCGCAGCGGCUUGCGUUGGCGCCUAUCUCCCGUCGUACUUUGACGGAUCCGAAUACACGGGAGAGCGCUGCUGGCCGUGGUUCGCCGUGUUCAUUGGACGCUGCAUGGGACACGUAUCCGGGACGCUGGAAUUCGAGGAGCCUCUUGAUACCAGGACGCAGUACAUUUUCUGCUCGCACCCGCACGGACUCUUGUCGGCUCACCAUGGGCUCCUUUUGUCGGGUCAGACGUCGCCACCCUUUUAUGAGACAGUCCCCCUCUCACGGCGACGCCAUUUGGCCGCGUCUAUCUGCUUCCGUGUGCCACUCUACCGGGACUAUAUGCUGUGGUCUGGCUGUGUCGAUGCUCGACGCAGUGUGGCAGAAAAGAUGCUUCAAGAUGGCAAGAGUCUGGCGAUUCUAGUGGGAGGGAUUGCAGAGCAGAUGCUGUCUCAACGGGGAGACCAUACGAUCUACGUCAAGAAACGCAAGGGACAUAUCCGCUUGGCGCUCAAGUACGGUGUGCCGAUUGUACCGAGUUAUGCCUUUGGAGAGACGGAUCUCUUCUCGCACUCCAAGACGCUGUUGUCCUUUCGCCAAGCAGUAGCAAAAAAGUUCUCGGUGGCGUUGCUGCUUGGUUUCGGGCGCUCGAAAUGGCGCUUUUGGCUGCCUCACGAAGGAGUGGCGGUCAAUAUGGUCUUUGGUAAGCCCAUUCCUGUCAAAAUGAUGGAUGACCCGAGCGCUGAGCUGAUCGAGAAGUUGCAUGCGCAAUACGAGCAAGAGCUUGUCUGCCUUUUCGACAAGUACAAAACAAAGUACGGCUACGGAAAGUGUACGCUGGUCGUGUGCUAA